AGCUUUCAACCAUCACCAAUGCAUUCCUGCAACUGCAAUAAUCUCCAUUUUCUGGUUUGUCAGUUCAACCUCCAUCUUCCGUCCUGAAUUUCCUCUUUGCUCGAUCCCCACUUCAAAGCAUCCUCCAGACACCAUUUCCUCCCCCCAGAUUUUCCUCCUGCAGAGAUCAGGCCUCAACAAUGGCAUCCUGCUUCCAGAAAACAGGCCUCGAUGAUGACCAGGAGAUACUCUACUCAACAACAUCCAACUCACCACAAGAAUCAACCAGCCCUUCCUCUUCAUUCUACAAUUCAUCAUCUUCAUCUCAUCGAUCCUACCCACAUUACAAACUGACUGUGAAAAAUCUAUCCUACACCAAAAGCUUUGCACCCAGUUCAUUCUGUUUUCUGACUCGGAGGAUUGAGCAUAUCAACAUACUCAGGUCUGUCUCUUUCACAGCUAGGAGCUCAGAAAUCCUUGCGGUUGUUGGUCCCAGUGGUGCUGGGAAGUCCACACUUCUGCAGAUCAUUUCUGGUCGGAUUCGACAUACAGAAUUUGAUCCAAAGAGUCUGUCACUUAAUGAUCAACCCAUAACUAGUCCAUCUCAGUUAAGGAGAAUGUGUGGGUUCGUGGCGCAGGAGGACAAUCUGCUUCCUCUCCUCACUGUCAAGGAAACACUGAUGUUCAGUGCUAAAUUCAGACUUAGAGGGAUGAAUUCAAAGGAGAAGAAAGAGAGGGUGGAGUGUCUGAUGCACGAGCUGGGUCUUCUGCAUGUUGCAGAUAGCUUUAUUGGAGAUGAAGAGACAAGAGGAAUAUCAGGUGGAGAAAGGAAAAGGGUGUCUAUAGGCGUUGACAUGAUCCAUGACCCACCAAUUUUGCUGCUCGACGAACCAACUUCAGGGCUAGACAGCACAUCAGCUCUUCAGGUAAUCGAACUGAUUUCCUCCAUGUCAAAAGAAAAGCAGAGAAUGGUAAUUCUAACCAUCCACCAACCCAGUUACAGAAUUUUACAGGCCAUCCCUAAAUUCUUACUGCUCUCUCGUGGCUCAGUCAUUCACAAUGGUAGCCUUGAGUUGCUUGAGGUUAUCAUAACCCAUAUGGGAUAUAAAAUCCCAGUACAGCUAAAUGCUCUAGAGUAUGCCAUGGAGAUUGUCAGGCCAUUGGAGGAUUCAAUUUCAAAAGGAUAUAUAUCAGCCAAAGAAGAAAAACAACCAUCUUCUUUCUCAAUCUGGCCAGGAGAAAUUAAAGUCCAACAAACUGUUUACAAGAGACAGACUUGCUGCUGUUAUUUCUGGAGACUUUUUGAGAUACUGUCUCUUUGUUUGAGAUUUUGGAAAGUAAUUUACAGGACAAAGCAGUUGUUCUUGGCAAGAACAAUGCAAGCAAUUGUGGGGGGUUUGGGGUUGGGCAGUGUUUAUUUGAGGGUCAAGAAGGAUGAUAGUGGGGUAGCUGAGAGGUUGGGUCUUUUUGCUUUCAGUCUUAGUUUUCUCCUGUCUUCUACUGUGGAAGCUCUUCCAAUUUUCCUGCAAGAACGGCGUGUUCUAAUGAAGGAAGCUUCAAGGGGGGCUUACAAGGUUUCCUCCUAUAUGAUUGCCAAUACCAUUAUCUUUGUGCCUUUCUUGUUUGUCGUCGCCAUUCUUUUUGCAAUCCCUGUUUACUGGCUUGUAGGACUCAAUCCUUCGUUCAAUGCUUUUGCAUUCUUUGUCUUCAUAGUUUGGUUGAUUGUCUUAAUGGCCAGUUCACUGGUCCUCUUUCUAAGUGCAGUCUCUCCUGAUUUCAUCUCUGGGAAUUCUCUGAUAAGCACAAUCUUGGGGGCCUUCUUUCUCUUCUCUGGUUAUUUCAUUCCAAAGGAAAACAUCCCAAAGUAUUGGCUUUUCAUGUACUAUGUUUCUCUCUACAAGUAUCCCCUGGAUUCCCUUCUUAUCAAUGAAUACUGGAGUAUGAGAGAUACCUGUUUCUCAUGGAAAAUUCCAGAUGGUUCAAUAUGUACAGUCACGGGGAGAGAUGUUCUGAAGAGCAGAGGAUUAGACCAGGACACAAGGUGGAUGAAUGUGGGGAUCAUGAUUGGGUUCUUCUUGUUUUAUCGUCUGCUCUGUUGGAUCAUCCUGGCUCGGAGGGCUUCAAAAACGAUGCUGUGAAAUAGCUUCUUCACUCUUAUCAAUCACCGUGGACCCAUCCAUGUUCAUCUAGCAGGUUUUGGCAAUAAACGUCCAAUGGUGCUUAAGAUGUAGUUUGACCUGAAUCUACAGUUGGGUGCCCUAUUCUCUGUGAUAGGAACUACUUAUUUCCUGUAAAUAACGAUGAUGAACUUAGGGAUUGAUUUUAUUUAGUUUCUUUUUGUGAGAUUUAAUCUCCCUCUCACCAAAUUUCAAGAACUAGCUAAUGAGUAUCUUGUUUCCUCUUCUUUUGAAUUUAAUAUUAUUGCUUUGUAUUUUGCGUAUCCCUGGGAUUAAAUCCAAAGCAAAAAUCUCUCCUGUUGUCCUUGAAUUUAUGGACUCAGCGUUAGAUGUGUUUUGGCUUUGCUUCUGCAAACAAGCUUAUAAUAUAGCCGAA